GUUGCUAUAUAUAUACAGAGAGAGAGAGAUCAUAAUCCAUUAAUUUAGUAUGGGGUUACAAAGCCAGCUGAACGACGUCUCAUCCGACUCCAUCCCACUCCUACUCAUCGCACUCAUCGCCAGUUCCAUCAACCACCUCCGCUCCUCCCUCCUCACCCUCCUUCAUUUUCUGGGCCUCAGCCCCCAUCCCGGUCCAGGCACAGACUACGACGAAGGCGAUAUUGCGGGCCCGACCGUGGGCUCGGGACUCGCGGGUCCCGUUAACCUGUCCGACCAGCUCGCCAUCAACCGCCAGUUAUCCUAUCCAUACGACCGUGACGACGCCGUUGCCACCGCACGGGAUUGCGAUUGCGUGGUGUGCUUGUGCACCUUAAGGGAUGGGGAGCAGGUCCGCAUGCUCCAGUGCCGCCACGUGUUCCACAAGCAAUGCUUCGACUCCUGCCUCAACCACCUCAACUUCAAUUGCCCUCUCUGCCGCUCUCCCGUCGUACACCGCGACGGCGGCGCGCUCUCGAGCUCCCGACUCUCCCGCGACCUCCGCCACUGGCUUUCCAUCCGCUGAGAAUCAAUGGAGAUAACAUCAUAAAUAUAUGAUCACAUGGUGUCCACUUAUAUCCGCCCAUCCGCCGGCGGUUUCUUCCUUUUUUCCUUCUCUGCUUUUUCCUUUAUUUAUUUAUUUAUUUUUGAUAUUUUAGAGAGUUGUUGGCCAUGGAUUCUUUGGUCCUUCUAACUUCUUUUUUUUUUUGAAAAAAAACUCUCUGGCUUUUUUUUUUCUAGAAUAUAAAUUUUUGGUGUGCUAAUUAAAUAAGGAAGAGGGAUGUUUUUGUAUUUA